AUGCAGACUCAGACUGAAGUGCUGCGUCAGCAAACUUCUGGCUCGCCGCACGUGUUGUUUGAACCGCUGCCCUUAGCUCGAAGGCAAGACUCUGCCGAUAGAACCUGCCGAUGCUCCAGCGCUUCACUGAAUGCAAAGCCGAGGCUACAAUUCGCUGCGUCGGCGCCGCUGAAGUUGACGAACUGCCAAUGGAUUGAGACCAGCGAGGAUCUUAGCAUCGACAAUGACACGAACCCUGCUGCCUUCGCAAGUGACGGCAACAAGUCCAGUGUCGCGAUUUACCGUUCGGCGAAGCGUCACGGUAUGCUGUCUUUGCAGUGUGAGUUCGCGGAGGGCACUGCUCGAGUGGAACGCAUUGCGUGGAGCGCAGGUUUAGCGGCGGACUGCACGAACGAGAGUGGCACCCUUCCUGAAACGAAAGUGGACGGCGUUUUCUUGACGCGAGAGGAGGGAGAGAAGGACUGGUCAGCUGACGAAGCAACGUCGCCUGCCAAAGUUGAAUCGAAGAAGCUCUUUGCAUACGUUGUCCUCAAGACUCCGCAGCAAAAGGCCUGUGGUGAAAACCACGUCGCUCGCAUCGACGAGCUCAGCGUCUUCGGCGAGACCGUCCACGCCUGCAACGGGCAGCUGACUGGGCGUGAGAACAGCGAAGACAAACAG